UGAGACACAAUCGGACUUCGCCAGUGGACGAGGACGGCCGAGGCGAUGCCACCAAUGGAGACGCUGCCAGAGCUCUUGGCGAAGCACGAUGUCAAAGCUCUGGACUCGAUCUUGCUCUCGUGUACGGCGGUAGUCGAGGGCACGGACGGCAACGUCUUGCUUCGGCGGGGCAAGUACAACGGGAAGGACGUCGUUAUCCACCGCAUGGGCUACACGGCCGACGAGGCGGGCUAUGCGGCCGACGAGGAGUUUACGCAGCACAUUGCCCGUGUCCUCAAAGCCCAGUCGGACGUCUAUACGCCUCGAGUGCUCGGCCACGCCAUUGUCAACAGCGACAAAAUCGCCUGUGCGGCUUUUGGAGAAGUCCAAGAGACAGUGCCGUGCCUCGUUGUCGACCGCGACGGUUUGCGGUCUCUCCACGACGUCAUCGCCAGCCAAUGGCUGCUCGGGGACCCGCAACUGUGGAAGCGCAAGAUCACGAUUGCACGUGCGAUUCUACUCGGCCUUCUCGACUUUAUCGCGCGCGACGUUCGGCACGUGGACGUCACUGCACACAACGUCUUUUUGAAGCCCGACUUGGAGACACCCCAGUUUGCCAACGUCGGUCGUCAGAGCAAGAGUCCGGACGGUGUCUUUACCUGGUACCCUCCCGAGCUGCUCCCCGAUGGCGUCGGUCUCACACCAACAACGGACGUGUUUGCAUUUGGCACGCUUUUGUACGAGAUCACGACCAACCGCGAGCCGCUUCGCGAUGAAGACAGGGAGCUGGCGCUGCAAACGCUUCAUGACCAGCGUGGCGCGAGCGGUGGCUGCCCGACGGAUCUCGUGCAGUUGAUUCGCGACAGUUUGCGCCAGUUGCCCGCCGAGCGUCCGUCUCUGGAAGACGUCCUAGAACGCCUCGAUGGCUUGCUUGUGCCAACGUUGCCCACCGCCGACGCAGCGUUGAUCGAAUUCGUCGACGGCCACGUCCCGCUUGGCCAAGGAGCGUUUGGUGUCGUCAGACUGUGUCGGUACAAGGGCAUGGAGUGCGCGCACAAGCAAUUGUGUCGCCCCACGAAUUGCACUGAUCGCCAGUACUCGACUAUCGUGAGAAAGUGCUACCAAGAGAUGGAGGUCCUGUCAAGCCUCGACCCGAAGUACGUACCACGCUUUAUCGGGUGUAUAGCACCUGAGCACCCAGACCAACCACCCGCCUACCUCAUGGAGCAACAAGCGACGUUUCCGUGGCAAGAGCGCUGCAAGAUUGCGCUCAAGAUCAUCCAAGCGAUUGCGUACCUCCAUGAGUGCGGUAUCGAGCACUUGGACCUCAAGUCGGCCAACAUCAUGCUCACCCCCGAGAACGAGAUCCGGCUCUUGGACCUGGGCGAGUCGGUGCGCACGGCCGAUGCUGCAGGCUACAACUAA